AGACCCGCUCCCUCGCGGCCUCGAGAAGCUGCGAGACGGGGAGGGGAGGUCCCGGUCGGUCCCGGUCGGUCCCGGUCGGUCCCGGUCGGUCCCGGUCGGUCCCGACGACUCCUGGGCGUCUGGUCCACGACCUGUUCUUGGCGCUAUGUUUGAGGUGGUAUCAACAUCCUACAGAAGAAGAAUUACGAAUUCUUGCAGGAAAGCAGCAAAAAGGGAAAAGCAAAAAAGAUAGAAAGUUUCCAUGAAGAUGUUAGGUUGUCUAAAAUCUACAGAAGAAAAAGUAGAAGAAAAGAGGGUGAAAUGCUAAGCUAGCAACCAAAAUUUUCUUCUUGUCAUUAAUUUAGGAAAUAUAACGGUCACAUUGAAAGUAAGCCACUAACCAUUCCAAAGGAUAUUGACCUUCAUCUAGAAACAAAGUCAGUUACAGAAAUGGAUACUUUAGCAUUACAUUACUUUCCAGAAUACCAGUGGCUCGUGGAUUUCACAGUGGCUGCUACAGUUGUGUAUCUAGUAACUGAAGUAUACUACAAUUUUAUGAAGCCAACUCAGGAAAUGAAUAUCAGCAUAGUUUGGUGCCUGCUUGUUUUGUCUUUUGCAAUCAAAGUUCUAUUUUCAUUAACUACACACUAUUUUAAAGUAGAAGAUGGUGGUGAAAGAUCAGUCUGUGUUACCUUUGGAUUUUUUUUCUUCGUCAAAGCAAUGGCAGUAUUGAUUGUAACAGAGAACUAUCUGGAAUUUGGACUUGAAACAGGGUUUACAAAUUUUUCAGACAGUGCGAUGCAGUUUCUUGAAAAGCAAGGUUUAGAAUCUCAGAGUCCUGUUUCUAAACUUACUUUCAAAUUUUUUCUGGCCAUUUUCUGUUCACUCAUUGGGGCUUUUUUGACAUUUCCUGGAUUACGACUGGCUCAAAUGCAUCUGGAUGCCCUGAAUUUGGCAACAGAAAAAAUUACACAAAUAUUACUUCAUAUCAACUUCUUGGCACCUUUAUUUAUGGUUCUUCUCUGGGUUAAACCAAUCACCAAAGACUACGUUAUGAACCCACCAUUGGGAAAAGAAAAUAUCCCUUUAAUGACAGAAGCUACAUUUGAUACUCUGCGACUGUGGUCAAUAAUCCUGCUGUGCGCUUUGCGGUUGGCCAUGAUGCGUAAUCACAUGCAGGCUUAUUUAAACUUAGCCCAGAAAUGUGUGGAUCAGUUGAAGAAAGAAGCAGGACGAAUAAGUACGGUUGAGCUACAGAAAAUGGUGGCUCGAGUCUUCUAUUACCUUUGUGUCAUUGCACUGCAGUAUGUGGCACCUCUGGUUAUGCUGCUGCACACAACCCUGCUUCUGAAAACACUAGGUAAUCAUUCCUGGGGGAUUUAUCCAGAAAUGAUUUCCUUGCCAGUGGAUAACAGUCUGCCCUCCAAUUCUGUUUACUCUGAAUUACCAUCCGCUGAUGGGAAGAUGAAGGUAACUGUUACACAGAUAACAGUGGCACUGAGCAGCUUAAAAACCGUUUUUACUCCUCUGCUUUUCCGAGGACUUCUGUCUUUUCUGACCUGGUGGAUUGCUGCUUGCCUCUUUUCUACAAGCCUUUUUGGGCUUUUCUAUCACCAGUAUCUGACUGUGGCAUGAACCUCAGUUAACACUAAAGGAUAUACAAGUCACACUUUAAAUUCAAAUAUUUGUGGCCUUGAAGGGUUGAAGAAAGCAGACACAAAGGGAAAAAAAGGCAUAUCAGAAUAUCUUGUUUUAAAUACUUCCUCUGUAUUCUCAGGGUGAAUUAAUGUUAUUUAAAAUCACAGAAUAAAUUGAUAACUGUUGUACUGUGGCAUUGGAAUUUUAACUCUUUGUAUUAACUGAUGUGAGUGGGCUAUCUACAAGGGUGAUGCUUUUGAUUACCUUGGUUUACAGAAAGCCCUGGCAGUCUUUGAAACUUCUCAUGUGACUCCAGUUAUUGAUUGAUUGCUUUUAAUAGUAUUAAGGUACUGUUAAUACUCAGUAUUGGCUGCCUGUAGAACAGUCUUCAAACUGAGCCAUGCUUUGGGGAGGAAAGGGAGUGAAAGUCUCUUCUGUUGGCAAUGUUUUCUCUUCAGAUAACAACAGAAAAUCCAACAGAAAGGAAGAAAUAGCUACUGUAUAUUACAGUAAAGAAAGCUGCAUAGUUAUUUUAAAUUUAGUGGAGAUGUACAUGCUUAAUAUCUAUAAGUACUGCUGCUUGAGAGUAGCAAGAGUAUUGUUUUAAAUGUAUUCUGUCCAACUUGAGAGUUCUUCUAAAAUGAUUGGCCAUAUGAACAUUUGCAAUCCUACUUUUAGGUUUGGGCCUCCCAUAUUUUAUUUUAUUCUGUGAUCCGAAAUGGUUCUUUUUAAUAGCCUAAAAAUAUUUAUGAAUACUGAUCAAACUUUAAAAAAAAAAAUACUUUAUAAUCCUGCUGACUACCUGUAUAUAUUGUGUGUGUAUAUAUUAUAUAUUAAAUAUAUAAUAUAUUGAGAUUUUAAAAGAUGAAAAUAUUGGAUCCUUAUAAUACUUUAAGUUGUUGAAUGUAUGUUUUUAAAAAAUGAUUGAAUGAGAUGUAUUUGUAUCUAGAAAUUUUCUUUCUUUUGGAAUGAGAUUAAAAUACAUUUUAAAAGUUCAGCAGAACAAGCAAUUUAUUUGUGUUGCCUAUGUAUGGUAUUACUUCAAUUUUUGUGAAUAUUUAGAUGACUUCCCCCAAAUUAAAAUUCUGUCUUGUCAUUUUAAAAAAUCGGAACCUUUCCUUUUCUGAUCAAAUCUACAGGUAUCAUGUAAACUCUUACUUAAAUAGGACUUGUUUUAAAUCUGUGAUUUCUGGAAUUGGAAAUAAGUAAGUUGUUAUUUUGUAGGCUGGCAGUUGAGAUAAUCAAUGGAUACAUAAAAAAAAAGGGUAAAAAUCUUUUUGAUGCCAUUUACAUCUAAAACCCAGAAUAAAAGAUUAAGGUUAUAAGAGUAAUAUAAGAGACAUAACAUUGGUUUGUUUUUUAAACACUAGAAUUUAUAAAUGAGUCUUCCAUGUAACUGUCUUGGGAGGCCGUAUAUUGUGUUUCAGUGCUGCUGCCAUUAUUGAAAGUAUUUUUGAAACUCUUUGAAAUUACUUUCAAGGCUUCGGAUUCACAUUCAUUUGAAUAAUCUUGGUAUAUCAAAUUCCUGGUUUUUAGAGUAUAUUUAAAUAUCUUUUCGAAAUAAGUUUUUGAGCUGAAUAAAUCUCUUGGUCAAGAUGAAUCGUGAGCAUAGCCUAAUGAUACUGCAUGUUUAUUUCCAAAAGAAGCAUUCCCUAUAUGUCUUGAAAUAUAUCAGAAUCACCAAAAUAAAUAUGUGAAGAUGACAUUUGGCAUGUGAAAGUUCUCGUAUGUAUGACUCAAAUAAUCUCACAUGGCAUUUUUAACUAUUCUUAUUAAAAAGCUGCAUUCUUAAAAUUAUAAUUAAAUAUUUUGAAUUUUAAGAUGGUACAGUGGGAUAAUAUGAGGGAAAAAGGCAUAGAAUUCAUUAUUGGACGGAAUAACAUGUAUGUCUGAAAUUUUGUUGAUUCAUCCUUUUUAGCUUGGCACAAAGUGUACAUUAUUUUAAAUAAUGGGAUUAGUUUGAGAUUUCUUCAGACUUUGAAAACAAAUUUUAAGAGAAUGAUGGUUGUAACUAUUAACUGAUUUAUUUAAAUGUCUUGUAUUUAUACUAAGAAUUGUGUGUUUUAAGUCCAAAAAAGUUUGUACUUCAGUUUAAACCAAACAGUAUUUAAUAUCCCAAAAUUAGAACAGUAGUUAUUUUUUUAUAUUAAAUUCUGGUCAAUGUAAUAUGCUUCAAAGAUAAUUAUUUUAUUAUAUAUAUGUUUGCCAUAUCAGCGAGGAACCCUUAUAAUCUUGCUUUGUAUGAUUUAUAAAAUUUUAUGUGAUAACUUGUCCCCCCGUUGCACUAUAAAAAUCAGUGUCCCUCCUACCCCUGUUGACUUUUCUGAAGUGAAAAGCAUAUAAUUUUAUCUUGAUAUCCAUGUUUAUCUUGAUUAUCUUUGAUAUUUCACCUAGAAUUCCAAUUGGUAUGCUUAAAAUGACCAAUGCACCCAAGCAAAAUAGGCUCAUUGUCUUAUUGUUUCUGAUAUAAAUAUCAUUGGUAAAAUAAUGACAUUUCUUCUUGAGUUAUGAUUCAGAAGAGAUAAUCAUCCAUUAAUGGAAUUGAUAGGUCCAGGAAGCAAUAAGUAGAGAUCAUUUUGAAACCUAUAAUUGGAACUUCAUUGGAUAGGUUUUAUUCCUUCAAAUGAAAAUUAAAUUCUCAGUACUGCAAAGUAUAGGGCCUCAGCAUUCUCUGAAUUCAUACAGUCUUUCUGAGCCAUCUCAUAAUAGAAAAUGGUCUAUCAUGGUAUGUGGCUCUAUUCAGCGAAUAACGCUAAGUGAUUUUUGAAUGCAGAUGAUCUUGUAUCUUCACAGAGCUUUAGGUGGCUUAAAGAAUCAGAUUUGAACACACUUAUGAUCCUAGAGCUUGAACCCAGUGUUUGAAAUAGUUAUACAGUCUCAUCUUUUAACUCCCACUCAUCUCAUUAUGUCUCUAUCCUAGCUUUAUAUCUGAGCUGGCUAAAUGCCAUGAAAACUCUGACAUGGACAUAGGCAUGGUCAACCUUUCCCUUUUUUAAAAUGGUAAACUCUCACUUAUUUUUGUUUUCCUAAAGAAGAAAAACCAGGUAUAGCCUUUUUAUAUGUUUGGCUUCUGUUAUUACUGAACUUUUUAGCUACAAACUAACUUUAUUUGAGUUGGAUGGACCUAUCCUUAAUAAGUCUGAGGCUGUUCCAUCUGCCUCACCGCCCCCCCCCCUUUUUUAUUCAUUUAACUCCCUACAUAUGCUUACUGUUCUUUCUUCCAUUUGGCAAAAGACAGUUCAUUUUCUUAAAUGAAGUAGCAGCGUAAUUUUAUGAAAAGAAUGCUUAUCUAAGAAUUGGGAAACAUGUCUUCACAACCAUUUCUGUCAUUCACAACUGAUUUCUGUCAUUAACUAUACCCCUUGUCCCACUUAUUAGAACAUUCAACCCAUGCUAGUUAAAUAAAACUGAAUUGUCACCAUCACAGUUGACGUCAGUUUUAUCAUCUGUAAAAUGAAGAGUUUAGAUUAAAUGUGUGGUUCUAUAUUUCCAAGUUUGAUGUGGAUUUCUCUUUGGGUUAGUACGAGAAAAAUGUGUAAGUAUUUUUCACUUCAGGACUAGUUAGAAGUCAUGUUACUGAGAGGACAUUCGUUUCUUAUUAGUUGAAAAUGAGUUCACAAAGGGUGUUUUCUCCAGGAUUGUUUUAGUUUGUGCUCAUUUAAUUAUCUGUUCAGUAUUUAUUGUCUGACGUGUGUCAGAAUCUGUUCUAUGUGCCUAAAUACAGCAGUGAAUAAAACAGCAAUAUUUCUGGCCUCCAGAAGCUUAGAGUCUGCUGGGGGGGAUGCAGACAAUGAGUAAGGUGACAUGAGUCAAAUAUAGAAUAUGUUAGAUAGUGAAUAAAGCUGAUGAGUAGCGAAAUUAGGGAGGGGGAAUAUGUAGUUGGAGGGCAGGGGUACAGUUAAAAUUUUAAGUAGUGUGUCUAGGGAAAGCUUACUGAGAAGAUUAUUUCAGAGUAAAAACUGAAGGAAAUGAGGACCAUCAUAGUGGUUUUUGUUUGUUUUUUUCCUUAAGUUGCUGUGUUUCAUUGGUAGACAAAACACCCCGAUUGCUGGGACUUGAUUAAUAGUGAGGUCACUAAGGGAAAUUAAAAAAAUAUAAAAGUAUUAUAUAUUCAGUUGGCGUGUUGUAAAGGAAAGAUUGUAGCCAUUGAAUUUAGUGCCGUUUGCUGAUAAACAGUUAAGCAUGCAACAAAUAUAAUUUCCUGAGUCUACUUUUUAUGAUUCUCUGUCAGGUGUUCAUUUUUUUUUACUUCAUUUGGACAUUUUUACAUUUUAUUUCAGUAGACCUUUUGACAGCUGAAAGGAUUUCAGAAAAGUUGCAGGACCCAAGACAGAUGUAUCCAUUUAGCAAAUAAAUUUCACCCAUAGUUCUUCAAUCUGUCAGGUAUUCUGCUGAGGAGGACAAAUUUGGAUAACACAUCUUACCACAAUUUCAAAUUAUAUAAAACGUUAAAAGUGUAAUACAGUUUGGGUAUGUUAAGUAUCUUGCUGAAGUAUUAAAAAGGAAUAAGAUACGGAUAUUUUUUUAAAAUAGUGCUCAACAAAAACUAGCUUUAGCAUCUGUUUUGUUUAUUUGAAAUACUUUUUUUUCUGUGUUCUACAGUGAAACAAUUUAUACAUAGGAACGCACAUUUCUAAAAGAUUAAAAAAUUGAAAUCAUGGCAGUAAAACUAAACUAAGUAGGUAGCUAUAAAACACAGGAAUUACUGUAAUUCUAUAUGUAUAUUCUUUCAUUUCUGUUCUUGAUAAUUCCUUAGAACAUGAGAUGUAAUUCCUCCCCCCAUAUUUAAACUACUGUCAUUAUAAUACCCAUUGCCAUAGAGCAGAUGCCAAUUCAUAGUGACCCUAUAGGACAGGGUAGAACUGCCCCAUAGGGCUUCCAGGGAGCGGCUGGUGGAUUUUUUUGACUAGCAGCUAAGCUCUUUCUUAACCACUGCCCUCCAGAACUCCAUGGUAGGUUAUCCAAAUACCUAUUUUGGAUAAGUGGCUGAUGUUUAAAGUUAAUACUAUGUCAGGGAGGAAGGCAAAUAUCAACAUCAGAGAAAGAACUGAGUUUUAGGAAUAAACGAGAUUUUAUUUAAAAAAUAAAACCAAUUAGUAGUAAAACAAAAAAUUAUUUGGUCAUUUAAAAAUUAUUUAUUUUAGUAUACACUGGCAUUCCAAUUUUAAUAAAUUUAUUAAGUCACAUAAGGUCCAAUCAUGAUGUUAGAUUACUAAAGCCAACUAAUAAGAAGAAAAUGAAAGAUUAUGCUUCUGAAGGACUCUAAUAUGGUGGAAACAUUUUGACAAAGCAAGGAAAAUCUUAAAUGUGUUUUUCUUCCAAAAGCUAUUGUCAUUUGUUCCAGUUUUGCUUUGUUUAAAAAAAAAAAAAAAACUAUCCCAAAACUUAAUAACUUAGAACAACCACUUUAUUAUGUCCUGAUUUUGUAGGUUGGGAAUUUGGACAGGACACAGUUGGGUGAUUAUUCUGCCACAUGGUAUAAAGUGGAGUUACUCACUGGUAUUCAACUGGACUAGUCUGGAUGUUCAAAAGGGUUCCACUAACAUGCCUGAUCCCUUGGUAGAGAUGGCUAGAAAGCUGGGCUCAGCCCCCUUCUCCUCCCAUUCUGCUUAUCAGGACCUUUUUAAUGUGGUCACUCCAAAUGGUUUGGUCAGGUGGUAUAGAGCUUCCUGAGCAAAGGUAGAACCUGCCAGCCAUUUUAAAAAGAAGUGCUAGAUUUGGCACUGUAGGCUAUUGGUCAGUGCAAUCAAAGACCACAGAUUGAAAAAGGCGGUGGGAGGGCAGACCCUACCUGUUGGCAGAAUGAAUGUCAAAGAAUUGAUAACCAUCUUUAGCCAUAUUUCAGUGGAUCUUAAUAAGAAAGCUAUUCAUAUUAGUAUUCAGUACAGAAACCCACAGCUUACUAAGAAGCAUUUAUAUGUCAAAAAGAAAAGGCUAACAUAUUGGACAGGGCAAAUAUCCAAAGUUUCCAUUAUCACAGGAAGCUCUUUAGUGCGUUCUAUACCCCCAUCCC